CAUGGAUGGAAUUCAAACUAGUGUGAAUUAAUUUUUUUUCCUGUAUGAAGCGUUACUUGUUCACUUUCAAGAAGCUACAUCAACAAACUUGGAAGUGGGUUAAAAAAUAGGAGUAGUUUAUUUUGUUUGAUAUGAGUAUUCAAUACGUUUUGGUAAUAGUAAGCGUUUGUAAUGGACACCGUGUGAACUACGAAUCUUGACUUCUUUCUAUUGUUUCUGUUGUUUUAUAAUGAAGUUUUCCUGCAUUGAAAGGAACAUAUUGUUAUUAAGUAACUUAGUCAAUGUUUGCAAUUUCAUUGUCACGCCAAAAAUCAAUUCUGCAUUGCAUGGAGUCAUUGACUGGAAUAUGUUCGCCUUUAUCUAGACUUUGAACUGAAAGAGACUGAUGUUAUGUUGAUGGUGGAAAUGUUCAUGUUGAGUUAUGGUUACCAUUGACUAGUGACAAAUAGUGGCCAUAAUGGUGAAAAUUUGAACAGAUUACUAUUUUUCCGCGGUACAUUAUUUAGUACGAAAUAUUGUUGAACAACAGCACUGCAUUUGAUCAAAUUGCUAUUUUCCGUGAUUGACAAUACUGUCACCGACUUGAUUUCUAUGCUUUUGUCUGGUUACUUUCCUGACAUAUAGAUAGUUUGUUCUCUGCACGUUAGAAUCACAGUGGUGGCACAAUUUUUUUGUUGUGGUUUCAACUUCCAUCCUCUGCACAACAGAAACACGAUUUGAGUAAAAAAUUCAAGAGAAUACAAACCGCCUACCAUGGUUGGAUUGGAACUCAUACCGAUAGGUACAAUUUUGGCUGUUCUAACCAGCCAGGUUGUGAGAACAGCUAGUGCUGCAAAAGAUGUUCUUAUCGACAAAGAAAGUUUUAAUGUCCUUUCGAAACACCUGCUUGAUAUUGCACCAGUUCUAAAGGAAUUACAGCUUCAGGAAUUGAAUGAGUCACAAGCUGCAAGGGUUGCUUUGGAGUCUCUUGAAUCAGAUGUAAAACAAGCAAGUAAUUUGGUUGAGAAGUACAGGAGCAGCGGCCGUUUUUACUUACUUAUGAAGUGUCGUCACAUAGUCAAGGAAGUUGAACAAGUCAUUAGGGAUAUAGGAAGGUCUCUAGCUGCAUUGUCUCUUGCAAAUACUGAAGUUCUAUCAAGAAUUUCUGAUCAAGUCAACAGACUACAGAGUGAGAUGCAAAGGGCUGAGUUUGAGGCUUCGCAAUCUCAGCUUGACAUUGUUGAUAAGUUGAACCAUGGAAUUAAGGAGCAAAAAUUAGAUCAGGCUUUUGCGAACAAUAUGCUCGAAGAGAUAGCGAGGGCAGUCGGGGUGCCAGUGGAGCCUUCAGAGAUCAGCAAAGAGAUAGCCAGCAUUAGGUGGGAAAAAGAAGAAGCUGCAAACCGGAAAGAAAGAGCCGAAGUUAUAUUUUUGGAGCAGAUCAUUUUGCUACUCUCUCAAGCUGAUGCAGCAAGUGAUUACGAAGAAGUUAAGAAGCAAUAUUUUCAAAGGGUUCAGGUAAUAGAGCGAUAUGGUUCAAGGGAAAAAUAUAUUCCACCACUCAAUUCUUUCCUUUGUUCGAUAACCGGAGCUGUUAUGGUAGAUCCUGUCAGUCUUUGCACCGGGACUACAUGCGAGAGAUCUGCCAUCGAAGUUUGGUUUGAUGGUGGCAAUAUGACUGACCCGAAAACAAAAGAGGUUCUUGAAGAUAUAACCUUAAGGUCGAACAUUCGGUUAAGAGAAUCCAUAGUAGAGUGGAGAGAACUUAAUUACUGCUUUAGAAUAAAGUCUAUCAGGGAAAACUUAUUAUCUAAUUCUGGCUUAUUAUUGCAUGAGUCCUUGAGUCAGAUGCAGACUCUCCUAAGAGAGAAUUCAAUUAAUAAAGAUUGGAUUUCUAUAGGAGGGCUUACUGAUAUUACUAUCUCCAUCCUUGGGAAUUCUGAUUCUAUAGAUGUCAAGAUGAAUAUCUUGAUUACUUUGAAGGAUGCUGUUGAAGGGCAUGCAAGAAACAAGGAAAAAGUGGUUGGAUCUCAAGGAUGGUGUCACAUUAUUUCCUGCUUACACAAUGACUCUAGAGUAAUAAAGGAAGCAAUUGAUUUACUCUAUGAGUUGCUUCAAGACCGUUCUGGUUGGAAUAGAUGUUUCUGCAAAAAACUUUCUGAGCAUCCCAGCAUAGUUCAUUACCUUGUUACCAUUCUAAGGGGACCUGUCAGCGAUUCAACUGGGAUUGCAGAAAAGAUUUUGACGGAGCUUUUUGAAAUAGAUGAGGAAAACAUUUCAUGUGCUGCUAAGUUUGGCUGGUACAAAGCACUUGUUGAUCGCAUGAUUGAAGGAUCGGAGUCUUCAAGAAUAUCGAUGGCUAAAGCUAUAAUCAAUUUCAAUUUGGAAGAAUCAAAUUUAAAACUCCUUGGUGAGAAAGGAGUUAUACCUCCUUUGCUAGAAAUGCUAUCCGGAAGCAUUGAAUCGAAAGAAUUGUCACUAUCAGCAUUGGUCAAACUAGCAGGAGUUCAUGCCAACAAGGGAAUUAUUGCUGCAUAUGGAGGUGUCCCCAUUCUUCUAGAUUUAAUGUUCUCCCUUCGGACACGGGCGUUCAUUAGCAUUAAAUGCUUUGAAAUCCUUGAGAAGCUUUCUUCUUCUUCUGAUGGAAUUGGUUUCUUUAUAGACGGAGAAGGGAAACAACUUGAAUUAGAUAACAUUAUCACCAAUUUGCUAGCUCUGCAACAGCUUCCUAAUUCAGCUCAGUACUUCCGUAAGCCUGCAUUGCGUGCUCUUCUUGGCAUUUGCAAGUUUGAGACAGGUUUAGUUAAGAAGGCAGUUUUGGCAGCGCACGGUGUAUCACUAAUUCUUCCCCUUCUUGAUGACUCUGACUCAGAAAUCAGGGAAACUGCCAUUAGUCUUCUCUUUCUUUUCUCGCAACAUGAACCAGAAGGAGUUGUUGAAUACCUCUUCAGGCCUAGAAGACUUGAAGCUUUAGUCGGCUUUCUUGAGAAUGACGAAAAUAAUGAUGUACAAGUAGCUGCUACUGGUUUACUAGCUAACCUUCCUAAAUCCGAACGAAAACUCACCAUGCAAUUAAUUGACUUAGGUGGCCUUGAUGCAAUUAUAAACAUUUUGAAAAAUGGUACAAUGGAAGCAAAAGAAAAUGCUCUCAGUGCACUCUUUAGGUUCACAGAUCCCACAGAUAUCAAUUCACAGCGCGAUUUGGUUAGACGGGGAAUAUAUCCUUUGUUAGUAAAAUUUCUCAAUACUGGUUCAGUGACAGCAAAGGCAAGAGCAGCAGCAUUCAUUGGUGAUCUUUCCAUGAGCACUCCAAAGCUAACAGUUGUUUCAAAAUCAACGUUUUGCAGGUGUCUUCGACCAUCACGAGCUCCUUUAUGCUCGGCACACGGAAGUGUUUGCAAUGUGAAUUCCACAUUUUGUCUUUUGGAAGCAAAUGCUCUGCCUGGCUUGGUUAAGCUGUUACAAGAGGAGGUUCAUGCAACUGCUUACGAAGCUAUACAGACACUUUCCACAUUGGUUAUAGAAGAUUUUCCUCAAAGAGGAGCUUGUGUUUUGCAUGAGUCGAAUGCAAUGAGACCGCUAUUGAAAAUUUUAAACUGGGGAAGUGAUUCUCUUAAGGCAGAAGUUCUUGGACUCUUGGAGAAGGUGUUUGUCUCAAAGGAAAUGGUUGAAUACUAUGGAUCAACGGCUAGAUUACGUCUAUUCCAUCUUACUGGGAUGAAUGUAUAUGGGGACGGCCACCUGAGGAGAAAAGCUGCCAGGGUUCUGUCAUUGCUGGAACGCUCUUCGAGAUCGUCAUCACAUUCAGUCAGUGGAGUUGUGUUGAGUGAGAAUCUACGCCUAUGAGUUGUGUUUUAAAAGUAGUCUUGGUGCUUUUCUUAAAGUCAUCUUUAUCAUUUAUCGAAAGUCAUCAAUUUACUUCUAAGAAGUUUAUAGACAUUGAAAACCUAUUUAAUUUAUUCGAGAGUGAGAAGAAUUUAUUCACCUUAAGCGCUAUAUAUGAAUGAUAUGAAGCUUAAA